AUGUCAUCCGUUGAUACUUCUGACAUAUACUAUCCACUAUCAUGGAUUAAAACUACAACAGAUCUUAUCUUUGGUUUAUUCAGUAGUCCUCAGAAAACAAAACGUUCAUUACCAGAGGAAGCUGAAUGUGGUUCUAUAGAUGGUAUUAAAUGUUGGCUUCGUGAAGGUGCUGAUAUUGAUGCACAGGAUGCAUAUGGUUAUACACCAUUAAUGAAUGCUGCUAUGCUUGGUCGACUUGAUGUUGUUAAAGCAUUAAUUGAAGCAGGAGCUGAUAUACAAAAACCAGGUCAAUUUGGUUAUACAGCUUUACAUGCUGCUGCUCAAAGCGGACAUUUAGAUGUUGUACAAGCUCUUGUUAAAUAUGGAGCUAGUGUUAAUUGUAAAAAUCAAGAUGGUGAUAUUCCUCUUAUUCUUGCUGUUCGUGGAACUCAUGCGGAAAUUAUUGAUUAUUUAUUAAAAUCCGGUUCGGAUAUACAUCAAAAUGGUUGGCUUGGACAAUCUGCAGUUCAUACAGCUAUUGCUAAUGGUGAUCAAGCAACAGCUGAUACAUUAUUAAAUCGUGAAAUGAUGAUUGGAUGUUCAUGUUCUGAAUCACAUCGUCAUGCUCGCGAACAUCUUCGACAAACAUCAUAUUCAUCACAAGAUUAA